AUGAGCUCGACGUCAACGGGGACUAUUAAACUUGGAGAAGAGGGAGGGAGUUCGACCACACCGCCCUCAUUCAAACCCCUCACUCUGCCACGUAUCCACCCGCCCGCCGACGUCAUCCUGAAGGAGAAACUGCGCACUCACCCUGAUUUGAGGUUUGACCUUCAUGAAGGUAUUCCUCGACCCGCGCCCUCGACGUUCCUCUUGGAGGACCUGGCAUGCCGCGGGACAAGGGAGGAGGGCGCCAACCGCAACAUCAACGUGUCGCCCGACUCUCUCUCGGUCGACCUUCACUUCAUGGGCGCGAACACGGGAACACGGCCAUCGACCCGUUCAUCGUUCUUCCAGACCCACGCUGUCGACCUUCAACCCAGCCGGGCUCGUCUCCUCGUCGGAUUGCCCCUUCUGACACCAACGCUCGUGUCUGCUGCGGUCAUGCCCAGGGUGUGGAAGGGGAUGGAUGACCCGCUGGGCUGUUGGACAGAGGAGGACAGGGCUAGUCCACGACAUGAGUAA